UCAUUCAUACCACAGGCUGAAAAAAAAAAAGAACAUAGCAUAUACACCUAACAAAGACCAGUGGUACAUCACUGGACUUUGAGUGGUUAUACCAGAAUGAUGCCUGCAGCUGGUAUCGUUUUUUUUCAGCCGGUGAUCGGCUUUCAUCCCCCGCUGCCUUCCACGGCUUUCUUGGGCAGUCUCAUGCCAUCGGGGGAACCUGAGAAUGCAGCCGGUGUUUCUGCCAGCUGACCAUACAGCUGAUUGAAGACCGGAAUGGUGCCAAUCAUCUCUAUAGUCUAAGAAAUCGGAAGCUACAGGCAU